CGGUCACGUCAAGUCUGCAUUUUCCAGAACUCUCUCUUUCUCUCUCUAACACAAAUAAUGACAUUCCACCUAUAAAGUACCCCAACCACAUCCGUUCUUUAUAAUUUACAACUUCGCUUCUAGGUUUUAGAGCUGAAAGGAAAGGGCUUCUAGUUCUAGAGAGAGAGAGAGAUCUAGAGAGAGCUUAUUGAGUGAAAAUGGAGGGUAAGGAAGAAGAUGUUAAGCUUGGAGCUAACAAGUACCCAGAGAGGCAACCAUUGGGUACUUCUGCACAGACAGACAAGGACUACAAGGAGCCUCCACCAGCACCUCUGUUUGAGCCUGGAGAGCUAAAGUCAUGGUCUUUUUACAGAGCUGGUAUUGCAGAGUUCAUGGCCACUUUCUUGUUCUUAUACAUAACCGUUUUGACUGUCAUGGGUGUGUCUAGAGCACCCAACAAAUGUGCCUCAGUGGGUAUCCAAGGAAUUGCUUGGGCCUUUGGUGGUAUGAUCUUUGCCCUUGUCUACUGCACCGCUGGUAUCUCAGGAGGGCAUAUCAACCCAGCUGUGACCUUUGGUCUGUUCUUGGCAAGGAAGCUGUCCCUAACCAGGUCUAUCUUCUACAUAGUGAUGCAGUGCCUUGGCGCCAUCUGUGGUGCUGGUGUUGUUAAGGGCCUCCAGGGGAACACCCUAUAUGAGACGAAAGGUGGUGGGGCCAAUGUUGUGGCCCAUGGCUACACCAAGGGUGAUGGUCUUGGUGCUGAGAUUGUUGGCACCUUUGUCCUUGUCUAUACUGUCUUUUCUGCCACUGAUGCCAAGAGAAAUGCCAGAGACUCACAUGUUCCUAUUUUGGCUCCUCUUCCAAUUGGGUUUGCAGUGUUCUUGGUUCAUUUGGCCACCAUCCCCAUUACAGGAACUGGCAUCAACCCAGCUAGGAGUCUUGGUGCUGCCAUCAUCUACAACAAAGACCAAGCAUGGGAUGACCAUUGGAUCUUCUGGGUUGGACCGUUCAUCGGAGCUGCUCUUGCUGCCCUCUACCACCAGAUAGUUAUUAGAGCCAUUCCCUUCAAGUCCAGGAGCUGAGUUUUUCUUCUUUGAUGAUGCUUGCCCACAUGCCUACCUCUCCCGUGUUUCUAUCACUCAGUUUCCUUCUAUUAGCCGUGUCUUUCCCUUUUUUUUUUUUUUUAAAUCUUAAUGUGAUGUGGAUCGUGGAUUUGGUACCUGAAUGUUAAUUAUGUGUGUAAAUUAUUGAGCAAGUAGUGUUUGUGUAUCUAAAUCUUUUGUUGAGUUCAUUGAAUGAAUUUUACCUUUGGGAUCA